UGCCCCGCCCCUGUUCUUUCCCGUACGCGUGGUAUCUGUUUUGGCAGCAUGGCUUCUUCAGCGAAAAGACGUGCGGUUGGAAAGGAAGACCACCCUGACGAUAGUGAGGAUAACAGCUCGGAUGAGGGACUAGAAGACGGAGGUGAUUCUGGAGAUGACAGCGGAUCAGAAGAGGAUAUCAAUGAAGAGGUAAUUGUAGACUUUGAGGCGCAUACCAUUACUCACAAUGACCAUAAUGGGAUCAAGAAGCUCCUGCAACAGUUGUUUCUGAAGGCCCAUGUAAAUACAUCACAGUUGACCGAUCUCCUCAUUGAACAAAACUAUAUUGGAAGCGUCAUCAGGCAAGCAGAGGUUCCCGAAGACAGUGAUGACGAGGGAGAUCCAGCUGAUGAGGUGUUCGGUUUUAUCAGCAUGCUCAAUCUCACCGAGAGAAAGGGUGUCCAGUGUGUGAAGGAGGUGAAGGAUCUGAUCUUGGGUCAGUGUGAGAAGAGCUGUCCCCACAGUGUGACAGACGAGCUGGAGAAGGUCCUCGACGACACCAGUAAGCCGGUAGGACUGCUGUUGAGCGAGCGCUUCAUCAAUGUGCCCCCGCAGAUCGCCCUGCCGCUCCAUAAACAGUUACAGGAGGAAAUGGCCGAGGCCCAGAGGACCAAUAAGCCCAGUGGUCGGUGUCACUACUGUCUGAUGAUCAGUAAGACCUAUAAGGAGCCGUCCAACACAGUCCCCGCCCGGGGGGCGGCGCCAAAAGACCAGCUUAUGUUUGUCAACGCAGAAGAGGAGUUCUUCUAUGAGCAAGCCACCAUAAAGUUCCACUACUCUGUCCAGGAGGAGACGGACACCGUUCUGAGCGGACGGUGGUCCUUCGAAGACGUUCCCAUGAAGCCACAGCGCACCGUGAUGGUGAUACCGGCAGACAGAAUCUCCGCCGUCAUGGAUAAGCUCAAAGAGUACCUGACCGUGUGACCAUGAAACCACAGAUGAUGAAUAAACUAUGAAACUCAGGACUGAUGUCUUUAACACCUGGAUUCAUGUGCAAUUUAAUGUUCAA